CAUGCAGGCACUGAGCAUGAGCAAGUGUCUGUCUGAGAGCAGCGCUGGGCGCUCAGGGACUGGACAUAAACAAGAGUGCAAGUGCAGGGGUGGACGCGCUUGCCGCUGCCCUUUUGAAAACACUUUGCGAGAGCCGCUGGCCGGGCCCGAGGAGCUGGUGCUCGCUGCUGCGCGCGCCAGGGGGGUGAAGUUGUGAGGUUCCGCGGGUGGGCGGAGACAGAACGCGGAGCCUCUGCUGAAGCGACGGCACGAGGAGGAGGAGCCCGGGCAGGGAGCUGCGGCUGCUGCAGUGUCCUAGGACCAGCAGCAGCGUCGGCGGCGGCAGGUAGUGGCAUGUGCUGGAGGGAUCUGCAGUGUGAUUGACAUUCCGUGGUGCUUCCUCUUUAUUUUCUUCACACAGGAGAGGAGCAGGACCCCUCAGAGCAACAUUUGAAACCGAAAAUGCCUGGCCUGCAGCCCUGUGGUGGUGUUGCUCUGCUGGGCUCUCUGAUGCCUCUGUAAUCAGAUAAGAGCCAAGGUAUCCACAUCAGAAAACCCCCAUGGCAACUGAGAGAGGCUGAGAAGCCAGUGGAUUUGGAGACUGGCUGGCUGGUCCUCUUUCCCCUGGAUGUGGUUCAUCCUGACUGGGGCUCUGCUUUCACCAUGUCAAAGAGGAUUAAUGAUGUCGUCUCUUACCAUUGUGUUCCCCACCUGUCGUCUUGGUAGGAUCUAGCUACAGAAUGAACAUAGCAGCAGUGUUUAAUGCCCUGCUAGUGUCUGCCCUUGCAGCUGUGCUGUGGAAAUACAUCAAGCUGCGAGAGCACGUCUUCGUGGUUGAAGAAGAGCUGGUCCUCAUUCGCCAGUCCCAGGAACUCUCUCAGGUCCAGAUUGACUACCAUGCAGCUCUUCAGGCCCUGGUGGAGGACGGUACCAGGAUGGUAUGCACAGGCAGGAUGCACACGGAUCGCAUCUGCCGCUUUGAGUCCCUCUGUUACUCCACUGAGGCAGAGGAGUUUGUCUUCUUUCACAGCAACGCGUCGGUUAUGCUUCCCAAUCUGGGUUCCAGGAGAUUCCAGCCUGCCUUGCUUGAUCUUUCCUCGGUGGAGGACCACAACACCCAAUAUUUCAACUUUGUGGAACUGCCAGUUGCUGCAUUGAAAUUCAUGCCAAAGCCGGUCUUUGUGCCUGAUGUGGCGCUCAUCACCAACCGAUUCAACCCGGACAACUUGAUGCAUGUCUUCCACGACGACCUCCUCCCGAUCUUCUACACCAUGCAGCAGUUCCCAGACUUGGAUCUGGAGUCACGACUCUUCUUCAUGGAGGGGUGGAGUGAAGGCCUGCACUUCGAUCUCUACAAGUUACUGAGUAACAAACAGCCACUCCUCAGAGAGCAGCUUAAAACCCUGGGCAGGCUCCUUUGUUUUACCAAAUCUUACGUAGGGCUGUCCAAAAUCACCACAUGGUACCAAUAUGGAUUUGUUCAGCCACAAGGACCAAAGGCAAACAUCUUGGUUUCUGGCAAUGAGAUCAGGCAUUUCACCAAGUUCAUGAUGGAGAAGCUGAAUGUCAGCUUGGAAGAAAGUGCCAGUGAGGAGUAUAUUGUAGUAUUCAGUCGAACAAUCAACAGACUAAUCCUAAAUGAGGCAGAACUGAUCUUGGCGCUUGCCCAAGAGUUUCAGAUGAAAACCAUUACAGUCUCCAUAGAGGACCAUUCGUUUUCUCACAUUGUACGUCUGAUCAGCAAUGCAUCGAUGCUAGUCAGCAUGCACGGAGCCCAAUUAGUGAUGUCUCUCUUCCUGCCAAGAGGGGCCUCUGUCGUGGAGCUGUUUCCUUAUGCGAUCAACCCCGAACACUACACCCCAUACAAAACACUGUCAACGCUCCCUGGCAUGGAUCUCCAGUACAUUGCCUGGCAGAACACUGAUCAGGAAAACACUGUAACCUUUCCUGACAGGCCAUGGGACCAGGGAGGAAUUGCUCACUUAGACAAGGCAGAGCAGGAACGCAUAAUAAAGAGCAAGGAGGUUCCACGCCACCUCUGCUGUCGGAACCCGGAAUGGCUUUUCCGAGUCUACCAGGAUACAAAAGUCGACAUCCCUUCCCUUAUCCAAGUGAUCAGGCAAACAGUGAAAUUAAAGCCUGGACCCAAGAAGCAGAAGUGGACUGGUGGUCUGUACCCUGGCAAGGUCAGGGAUGCUAAGUGUCAAGCCUCUGUCCAAGGUACUAGUGAAGCGAAGCUCUCUGUGUCUUGGCAGAUCCCCUGGAACCUUAAGUAUCUGAAGGUCAGGGAGGUGAAAUAUGAAGUGUGGAUACAGGAGCAAGGUGAAAACACUUACAUGCCUUAUAUUUUGUCACACCAGAAUCACACCUUUUCAGAAAACAUUAAGCCAUUCACGAUAUAUCUGGUGUGGAUCCGCUGCAUCUUCAACAAAAAUCUCCUUGGACCUUUUGCAGAUGUGCUCUUGUGUAGUACGUAACCCACUCUCUCUCAUGUGUCGAGUCCUGCCAUGCACCCCACCCCAUCAGUGGUUUUAAAAACCUGUUGUCCUGUAGUUUUUUAGAGGGCUGAAGAGGGCCAGACCAUGCCAAUUCCUAAGUGCCCAUUUUAUUGCAUUUAAUGUGUGUAUUCUCUAGGUGGCAUUUAUUUCCAUUUGGUGUAAGAGCUCUCUGUUCCGAAAGUAACCUCCAGAAAUGAAAUUACAAGCUGAAUACCUGUAAUUGAAAAGCAGAAUGGAAGUGAAUCGCGUGUAAUUUGGUAGUGAUUUGAAUCUUUCUGUCGUGCAGUGAGUAUUUAAGUGCAGCAUUAAACUACAAUUAAUUAUAUGGCUAGAUGGACAAUUGUCAUCAUCUUUCCCCAUUAUAACUUAUUUUUAAAAGCUGUAUCUGUAACCCAAGUACAGGAUUUGGUACAAGAGUAUUCAUUAAAUUAUUGUAAACCUC